AUGGCGGGCACGGGAACGAUGCAGAUGGACCCAUUGUUUUUAGCGAUGAGCUUCUAUCGGCGAAGAAAAUUCGAAGAAUGCGCAGAAGUUUGCACACAAUUGCUAAAGAAGAACCCGUACGACCAGGUAUUCUAUUUUCAUGGAGAUCAGACAAAAAUGUGAUGAUUUUCCCCCUGUCAUUUCUUCAGUUGUUUGCCGUUACUCAAUGGCAAUGCAACUUUCGGCAGAGACGUUUGGUAUUUUGGCAUCUUAUUAUUAAAGGAUAUUUUUUUCUCCUUUAGAAGAUUAAAAAUUCACUUUCUGUCUAUUUUUUGUUUGAUCAGGCGUCAUGGUGUUUGAAAACACGAGCACUCACAGAGCAAGUCUACGUCGAUGAAGUUGAUGUCGAUGAAGAAGGAAUUGCUGAAAUGUUGAUGGACGACAACGCUGUUGCCCAGUUACCGCGUCAGUAAAACAGUUUUGGCGCUUUAUAUUAGUUUUUCUUUUAACCCUAGAAGCGAUAAACAAAAUAUUUUCCCUCCCCCUUGGGCAAGCAAAAAUGUCCCAUAAAGAUUACCGUAUUGAAGAAAAAUUUGGAAAAACAGAGAGGGGUAAAAAAAGGUUAGAUCAUAGUAUUUGUUUCCAACCAUGCAUUUCACCAGAGAGGUAUGAGACACUAGAAUUCAGUUUUCUAAUAUUCGGGAUCUGCCCACAAACAUCUUAAUAAAUUAUUUGCUAAACAAUAUUGUUGUUCUUAUUCCUGCUGAGAGGAAUGGGGAGCAAUUUAAUUUAUUCUUAAUAUAAAUUUAUUAUAGCAUGUAAUCUGACCUAGUACAUUGAGAAACUGUGUGUUAGCUUGUCAAGUGUUAAGUGGGUUUAUAAAAUGCAUGGAUUGGAAACACUCAUGAAAAUCCUCAUACCAGCAAUUUGUAGGAUAUUUGCCAUUUUUAGAAUUAUGAGCAGGAAACUGGAGGCAGCGUGACUGAGUGGUCAGGGUGUGGGAAUCACAAUCCAGUGGUCCCGGGUUUGAUUCCCACUCUGGCCACUUGCUGGUUUUGUUCUAGGUUGUCCUGAGUUCAAAUCGUCAGCCACGCUUGUAAAUAGGCAACUGGUGCCGCCUCCCACUAGUUGGGGUUUUUAGUCCUGCAAUGAUCUAUUUGCAUCAUUUGCUUUAUUACUUGAGUGGAGGGCCUAUAAACUAGAUGGAUAAGCAAAAGUGCACUUUCCACUUUAAACAAACCUUUAAUCUUUAACCUUUUAACCCUUUAAGUCCCAAUAGUGACCAAAAGCAGUUUUCUAACGAUAUCCAUAUAUUGACAUGAGAUGAGGUUAUGAGAAUUAAUAAAAUGUUCACCAAAGAGAAAAUACUUUGAUCGUUUAUCAAAUUCUCUUAACUAAUUCUUAAAGGAAAUGUAUAGAGAUCAGUUUAGAGAAUUUGUAUGUGGAUAUUGGGGCUUAAAGGGUUAACUGGGCUGAGAUAACUGGAACUGUUACUAGGAAUGGGGAAAAAAGUUGGCCAUAAGCUGACUGGCGCGUCCCCAGUAACAAACCCAGGAGCAAUUGCAGGAUGCUUUUCAGCUCCAGUUCUCUUCUUAUUUGUAAUGUGAUAAAUACCUUAAAUACUCUUUAAUAGCUAAAAAUGUUAAUACAUGUAAGCAUUCCCCUUUAACACACGUUUAUCUUCAGUGAAUAUAGCUUCACAAAAUACACAUGUUGAGAGCGAUCAACCAAUCUUUGCAUCCUACGGGAUGCACGUGCCAUGAACUAUUUUGCAUCUUUAAGGAUUUUUAUGUGUCAGGGAUGUAGGAUGCGGAGGUAACAAAAUCACCGAUAUUACAUGAAGUGACAGCUUUUUGCAAGGAGGUGUGCCUAUAGAAAAGAUUUAUAAAGAAUGCUCUCUAAUCAUAACUGUACUAAUUAUGAUGAAUGAUUGUCAAACAGGUCCUGGGACAUCAUUAAAGAAACCGGGGACAAGUACAGGACAUGGAGCCCCAACUCCAGGAGUCAGGUAAAUUACUAAAGUGUUUACACCAGGGUUCUCAAUAGAUUUUUAAGUAGGAGGUGAUCACUGAUAAAGUAGGAGGCUCUUCAGCAAAGCCAGAGGUGUGAAAACAAAGCAAAGAAAAGCGACUUAAACACAAAGUAAGCGGCUAUAAAUCCCAAAGUAAGCGGCGAUCAAUCGCCAGGUGCCGCCUUCUAUUGAGAACCCUGGUUUACACUCCUAAAUGUUUUAGAAUAAAGUAGACUCUUACAGUUAUAAGUCUGCAGGGUUCGCAUUGUCUUAAAAAGUCCCUGAACUCACUGUAGGGGAAGUCCUUGAAAGUCUUUGAAUUCCAUUUUUCCUUGAAAAGUCCUUAAAUUUCGGUGCAAGUCCCUGAAAAAUCCUUGAAUUUUCUUCAACUUUAAAUGUCCCCAAAUUAGUAUGGGGUUGUUCCCAAGCUAUAUUUCUAUACGGCUCUGACACACUAAUAAAGCUUUCAAUUCUAUUCUAUUCUAUGUAGUGGCCUGGAAAGUGUUUUUUUGAUGCUUUCCGGUUGUCCAAGACAGAAUAUAAAUCAUAGCUCAGAGAAUUUAAAGGUUAUUUACACAAUGUGCUUAAUGUUUUAUGCAAUAAUUUAAAUCAAUUUAAGACAAGUGAACUGAAAAAUGUAGAGAAGUUGGUGAAGCAAACAGUUCAAGCCUUAACACCUUAUUAGAGUAGACUGGGAAUGUGCAUUUAUGUACUAUCUGUGAAAUUAUGUUUCUAGUAGGUGGUCCUUGAGAAGCUAACCCUUGAAACUCCUUGAAAAAUAGUUGCAAUUUUUAUGUAUGAACCCUAGUUUGUUCUAUUCUGUGGUGGCAUAUCCUUACAAAUCCUCGCUUGAUAAUCACAGUAUUUUCAACAGCCUAGAUGUUAUGCCAUUCCAGGGCUUGAAAUAAUUUUCUGGCUGCUGCAGGUCAAGUUGUCCUGUCAAACCUAAAGUGUCGAGUCAUCCAAGGAUUUGACUGGACAAGCUUAAAAUAUGAUUUUGAACAGACAUUGUCUGUUGAUCUUCGGUUAUUUCAAGCUGUGCCUGCUGAUUCUAGUAGUCUGCAGGAUACCUGCUUUCUGUUAUAGUCUUAAAAACCUGGAUGGUCUUUGGGGUAAUUGAGCAGUUACAGUAAACUGCCUGUGUGCUCUCUCUGGGGAGGCCUCAGAUUCAAAUCCUGCUUGAGACACAUGAUGGGGUUGCCACCUACUUGCCAUUUGAUAUUUCUUGGUGUUGUCUCCCAGACCAAUGUCACAGGCGGGACGUCCAGUCAGCGGAUUUGUCAGACCAGGAACACAAAGUGGAAGACCAGGAACUAUGGAGCAGGCAAUCAGGACUCCUCGCACUGCCCAAACAGCCAGGUAUGCACAUACACCCAGACAAUAAUUCAGUUAACUCGUCCAGUCAUCAUUGUGACAGUUGUCGCCAUCAUCAUCAUCGCCAUUGUCAUUAUCAUUGACAUUGCUGACCACCAUAAUCUUCAUCACCAUUUAAAUCAUCAUCAUAUCAUUGUCAUCAUCAUCAUAACACUGUCAUUGCAUAUCAACCUAUGACUUUAUCAGCCUCACUCUAAUCCACAUUCUCUCACCAGGAACACUACUUAUUCCAUAUCUUUUCACUGAAACAGUCCAAGGUGACUAGAUUUUCUAUUGUUUCGUCCAAGUCAGUAAUGAUUGUGCUCUUAUUACAAUUCAAACAUAUGAAUAUCACAUACCGGUUUUAGAAUGCAUGAAGAAGAAUUUUAAUAAAUGUACAGAAAAUCAUUACAGUAACAUCAACAAACAAACAGACGCAGCUAUUGCAGUUUUGAAAGAGAAAGCCAAAAAAAUGCAGGCUUGUAGGGGAUUCAAGCCUUUGAUAUGAUAGCAGUGCAGUGCUCUACCAAAAAUGGAGUACAAUAGCAUUAUACUCAACAAACAAACUGGGAAAUGGUUAUUUAGUUGUUGUAUAAACCUGGGAGAAGAUGAAGGCAAAAUUAAAAGUGUGUUCAUCUUGGAUGUUAACUUUUGGUUCAACUGAGGGACUCACUGACGUUAUCACUGUGCUUUGUCAAGUUCUCUUGAGUUCAUUCUCUGCACUUUCAAUAUUGGUGACAGAUGUGGCUUUGUCAGAUUGUUCUACAGCUAUGAUACUACUUUAUGUUUGGAUGGUCUGACUGUAAAACCAGUGAGAAAUUAACAUCACAUUUAUAACUUACUAACAAUAAGAUUAAAGACUUUAAAAAAAUCUUGAUUUGUGGCAAAUUAUUUGAUUUUAAUGAAAUUAUUAUUUUAGUGAAAUGCUGUGUCCUUAACCAAGUUAUUAAUUUCUUUUUCUCAAUAGCAUCCAUUUUCUUUCUCUUCAAUUGUUCAUGUUUAAAAGUAAAAUGUACAGUACCAGACAUUUCACUGUCGGAAAAAAACUGACCAUGCAAUGUCAAUAUGCAUUAAUUCUUGCUUUCUAUUUGACCAUGGCUUUAUUUUUUAGACCAGUCACAAGUGCAUCUGGCCGACAUGUUCGUCUUGGCACUGUAAGUACACAUUGUAUAAUCAUGUUUGUUUUGUGCUACCAUAAUGAUUGAUGUCUUGAAAUGACUUCCCAUAGUCAAAAGCCUACCAUGUAAUGAUUCAAUUUAGCACCCUCCUUCCAAUAAGUGCCCCCUCUCAAAUAAGUGCCCUCCUUCAAAAUUUUAUGUGUUUUUGUUAAUAAGCACCCCUAUUCCAUUAAGCACCCCCAUUCUGCUAAGCACCCCUAUUCUAAUAUUAUAACAUUAGAGUAUGGGUACCUAUCAACUAAGGUUCAUCCUCCUUUAAUUGCUCACAAACAUACCGUAAUGCCACAUUACAAAAUGAGGAUCCUUUUGACGGGAUCACCAAAUCCGACUUUGAAGAUACCGCACAAGAAGGCUUUUAUUUACGGUAUUGAUGUAAGUGACACUGUCAAAACUAUUGGCUUAGAGAUAGAUUAAAAUUCCCUCAUGUUACAGUCUCUGUUAUUGUUCCUUUUUAAAUAAAUAUUAAAGUUUUGUUUUGAACAUUUUGUUUGUUUGUCAAAAAAGAAACAAACACUUGUCCCAAAUAAGCGCCCUGUCUCGAAUAAGUGCCCCCCCACCCCUUGAGUUACCAAAAGCAAUUAAGCACCCUGGGUGCUAAAUCGAAUCAUUACUGUAAUCCCUUUAGUGAAACUGCAAAAAUGUCUUUUUGUUUUUUAGGCAUCCAUGUUGUCACAGCCAGAUGGACCAUUUAUAAAUAUUUCAAAACUGAACUUGUCAAAAUACGCACAAAGACAAAAUCUUGCAAAGGUACAAUGUAACAACUCAAAAUUAUAACAUACAACCACUAUUUAAAAUUAUUGCUUUUGUUUAUUAUGUUUAUUUGUUUUGGAAAGUCAACCGUUACAUAUUUGGAAGUAGGUUUCAUCUUUGCUUUAAAGCUGUUUGAUUUAGCCUGAGGUGAUUGUCAACUAAAUACACAUAAUUUCUAAUAUAUAAAUUGUUUUUAAAACUUACUUAUAUUUUAAAGUUCUUUUUUCUGUCUUUUCCAGGCCUUGUUUGAGUACAUUUUCCACCAUGAAAAUGAUGUUCGAAAUGUAAGUGCAGCUCUUUCAAGAAAAGUGUCUCUUAUUUUGUGUUCUAGUCUCAAAAUUUUUUAUUUAAUAACAAAUAAACGUUUUUGUUGGUAAAAUGGUCUUACAUGUCCAGAUAUUUCCAGUAACUGCAAGCAGAUAAAUUAGGAAAUUCUCAUGAAAGUUACCAAAAACCAUCCUCAAAAUAAUUAGGUCACCAAUACAAAUGCUUCAGUUGUUAAGAUGUGAAAUAUUUUGAAAAUAGAAAAUAUUUAUUUAUUAAGCAAUGCUCCUGGAAUUUUGGUCAUAGUACAAACUUACUUAAAUACCACAAAGUUUACAUGUUUGGUGAACAAAAGGAAGUUAUGGUUAGAAUUUGUUGUUUUUCAAGGAAACAUCUUUUGUAAUAUCAUUUGAUCGAGUAAAGCGUUAUAACUUUCUUUCUCAGUCUUGUCCACUUUCCUUCCAAAAAACUCAUCUUUAGUUUACCUUAAGUUUGGUUUUGUAAAAAUCAAAAGUACAUUUUUUUUCGAAUUUUUCCGAAUAAUUUGACUGCAUUUUUUUUGUAAACUGAUUAUUUCUGUUAGGCAUUAGAACUUGCAGCAACAGCAACUGAAGAAUGUCAGUUUAAAGACUGGUGGUGGAAAGUUCAGCUGGCCAAAAGUUAUUACAGGUGCAUACAAAUUUCGAUAUCACAUGACCGUUUUCUAUGUUCAUCGGUUUGUGGGACAUAAACUUUCCCUCACUCGCGUCUUUCGCUGGCUGUACUAACUCUCGAUAGAAAAAGAGAUUACACUGUUUUCGUAGUAUGUUUUUUCCUCUUAUUUGAUAGUCUCCCACGCUCGUCACUCAGCUCUCGAGAGUCGGUCAAAGAUAAAAAAAUGCAUGAACAAACGCAGGGACCCUCGUGAACCACUUCCUUAUUUGGCCUAAACGGGUAUGUGCCACACUGAACAGGUUGUGGUUUGUGGGGUCUUGAUUCUUAAACAGGGUAUACAAUUCCAAUAUCUAGUGUCUGGAGCAGAGUGUCUCUUUGGACCGGAAGCAUUUGAAAGAGUGUGAAGGUUGGUAAUGAGCGGUCUACAUGUAUAAUUUGAUGUUAGGUAAAAAACAAUUUGAAGUAGGUCUUAAACAGGCUAGUGAAAUGAACGUGUUUUUAAAGGUUUGAAGGGUCUGAAGGUCUUAAACAGGCGAGUGAAAUGAACGUGUGUUUUUUUUUUAAGGUUUGAAGGGUUCUAGGUCCUUUUCAGAGAGAGGUGUCCUUCUGGAAACAGUUUUCUUAGGGACGGACCAUUAGAAAAGUUAUGGGGGAAGUGGGGAAUUUUUCAGCCGCAGGAAUUUUUUUUCGUUAUCGAAUUCCUUGUAUGAAUUUUUUUUAGGCCCGUCCCGUAUAACACUUUCGUUUUGCAUUCAGACUUGGUAUGUAUCGCGAUGCAGAGAGACAGCUCAAGUCAGCGCUUCGUGACCAAGAAGUUGUGGAUAUUUAUUUGUAUCUUUGUAAAGUGUACAGAAGACUCGAUCAACCACUUACUGCCGUUGAAGUUUAUAAAAAGGUCGGUCUUGUCAGUCCUUUGUCAAUUCUGUCUCCUUUUUGUUUGUCUGAUAAAUAAAUAGAGUUUUAAAAGGGAAAUUUAAGCUGCGUUUGAUUUGUUUCGGCUGAUGUUGUUAUUUUUCAAAAGUUAAUCCCCUUCCUUUUGUCUCGGUAUUUUCUGGCUUUAUUCCCAGUUUUAUGGACGUCAACUUCAUGUCGAUCCUUAAAACCUCGGAGGAAAAACAACAAACCGAAAGGAAAGCGAAGAACUUGGCUGAUAUCUAACCACCUUGACCUAACAAGCUUGGUCGAUAAUGCAUAUUUCCAGUUUUCAUUUCAAAACGGUUAGGUUUAGAACUUUGCAUCAGUAAAAGUAGUUAGUGGUUCAGUGAUUCGUUUUUGUCGUUCAAGUAAAGAUACGGUUCUUCUCAUUAUUGCAGGCCUUGGAGAAAUUUCCUGGCGAAACUACGCUUUUAACAGGAAUAGCUCGCAUUCACGAGGUAAAAAAGCUGUUGGUUUUUCAAGCUCAUUUCCAGCUGGGGAGGGGACAGCUGCGAGUUUCUCUCUCUCAGUUGGACAGCAUUUGUUUUAAAAGUUCGUCAUUUUAAAAACAGUCGAUAAAUUUUCCACUUUACAUGACUUCCAUGUUAAAAUAAUGAUUGAAAUCUUUUGAAAAAGUCUUGAGCAUGAGUGAAAUAAAUCUUUGUUCUCUUUGUGUUGAUGCUGUAGGAGUUAAAUGACAUGACGAAUGCGGUCAAACUCUAUAAAGAAGUGUUACAUUAUGACAACACUCACGUCGAGGCUAUCGCUUGCAUAGCUACGCACCACUUCUACACAGAUCAGCCAGAGAUUGCGCUCAGAUUCUAUCGGUGAGUCUACAGGUUGUUGAUCCACUUCCAUAUUUCACUUUGGUGGAUAUCAAAGACCUUUGCUAUUUUAUCUACGAAAAUCGCAUAUAGCUGAGCGAUACAGCCUGGUAAGGUGGCUCUAACUUUUGUGUCCUUUGACGAAGUCCUAUUUUGUGAACAGUCAAAUAAAAUCUCUUUGACAGUACUUUAAAAUAGUCCUAUUUGUUUUUCGACAUUUUUACAAAAUGAAAUUUGAAUUUUUUGUGCGAUUUUGACCAUGGCCACCUCUGGGAGUGGAAGGCGGGUUUUAAUAAACUGCGCGCUAGACUUUCUAAAAGUCCGUUGUGUAAAGUUCAUUGCUCGUCCCUCUAAAAAGUCCACUUGUGGCUAAGUCUAACUGCGCGCUUAUACAGGUUUAUAUACAGUGCAGCUAAAUUUUAGGGUGUUAGUGAUUUUAACGUGUUUUCCAACGAUUGUACAGUUGUAGCGUCAAGUGAUGAGGGCGCAUGAUAGUAUUGAUUUAUAAAGGUGCUUUAAAUGGUCAAAACUGACGAUGUCUUGACGAUGCUUUGCACGUACCCCACAUGACACGCGUACUUUAUCUAGUUGCCCUGCACUAGGUCUACUUAACCAUUUCUUGACCCCUCCCCGAAGCACCAAACAAUGUUUCAAUGUUUUCUGAGGAACGUAAUUAUUACACUGAAACAGGAGUAUCGUUCCAAAAAAACUGUGCGAAAAGUACUCGACUUUAAAUGGUUCCGUCAAACAUGACAUUCAAGCAUACCGUAAUCCUUUCUACUCAAAUACAACUUAUCAACUAUUAUUGCCGCUUUUUCGUCAUCUUUUUUCUUCCAGUCGCCUUCUUCAGAUGGGCGUGUACAACGCGGAGCUGUUCACCAAUCUUGGGCUCUGUUGUUUCUUCGCUCAGCAGUAUGACAUGACGCUUAACUGCUUCGAAAGAGCGCUGAGUUUAGCUUCAGACGAGAACAUGGCGGAUGUCUGGUACAACAUUGGACACGUCGCUGUGGUAAAGUAGUUUAUAUGUAUAUAUAUAUUUUGUUUUUCCGUUAGAAAUAUCAUUAAAGGCAGUUUAAAUGGUUUUAUGGUUAAUAUACUUGGUUAGUUCCUUCCACUGAUUUAAAGAAAAAAUGAGGCGGUGAUCAGGAAAGUCUUGAAUUUGUAACGUUUUUCACCACUACGCUUGGUGAUUUACUAAAAACAAAAGGGAAAGAGCUCACAAUGAAAACGUAAUGUUUCUGUUGUGGUUUCUGAUUUAAGAUACUGAAGGUUAUCUCUUUUAGUUACCAUAGUGCUUAUCUUAAUAAACUCAUCUUUAUGUAUACCAUUGAAUAGUAAACUUCUCUUGUACAUAGACAGUCUAUAGAUCGUUUAAUGAUGUAUAUUUAAUUAUGUAAUUUAUACGGUGAUUUAUACAGAACGUUGUUUGAAAUGUUCUUUUUAGGGUAUUGGCGAUAUCCAGCUUGCCUACCAAUGUUUCAGAUUAGCGCUUGCGUCAAAUAACGACCACGCAGAGGCCUACAAUAACCUUGGGGUCCUGGAAAUGAGAAAGGGCCAUACAGAGCAGGUAGGUAUAUUCCGACCCUUCCCUAAGGACCUCGUUUGAAGGGUUUGUUUUCUCCCCAUAAGAGGGACCCUGAUUUGGAGACUGUAACACUUAACACUGCAAGCUCUUGAAACGCCACAAGAUAGAAGAAAUGGAAGCUAGUAGAAAUACCUUACUCAGAACCCUCAGGUGGGCCAAAAGUGAAGACGCCGUCAUUCGCCUCUAGGAAGCAGCUCCACGGCAAAUUUCUCACAAACCACACUUCGAUCGAUGGUAACUACAUUUGUGAGGCUGGAUGGCUGCACAAGGGUUUUGGGACCCAAGUAUUUCCGUUUGUUUUUCCACGCAUUACAUUUUUUUUGGUUGGCUGUUCUAAAGGGGGGUGGUUAGCCAGCCCAUCCACCCUCGCCGGAUCCGCCCCUGCAUCUUCAAGUGAUCAUUCGGACCCUGCUGAUCGCAUUCAUGUUGUUGCACAGCCGGUCAAAAUAACCUUUAAACCGCUCGGCUUGGGACGGCGAACAAACAUGACGAAGGGCCGAGUUAAGAUUUCGCUUGUACUUUUAUUGAAACAUUUCGGUAUUUUGGAGUAAAUUGUAACCGCCGUAAUGUUCAUUUGUAUUUCUUCUAUUGAAUGCAAAAGAUCGAUACAAUGGCGAACAACAUGAGCUACAAGAAGAGAGGGCGAUCUGCCUGUGUUUACACUUUAUGUCAUAUAAAACGAAGAUUAACACAGUUACCCUUUCUUGCAAAAUGUCUUUUGACUAGAGACUAAUAACUUCUUCUUGUUUACGAACUGAGCCAUACAUUCUUUUGCAUUUGGCCUUCAGAAUUAUGAUCUUACUUAAUGCUUACUUACGGACUUGCAAAACAAGGCGAUCGCAUAGUGAUUACAGUUUCUAUGGCAACCAUAAUCACAAAAAUACGAGAAAAAUAGAGGGGUGUGUACAGAAUUAUGGGUGCAUGCUUUCAGUUUUUCUUUUACGGUUUUUUUUAAAAAAGUUUUGACCGGAAUUUUCCCAGCAGAUUUGCAAGUAAAAGGCGGAACGCCAAACUGUUUCAGCAAAUGUGGGGUUGUGUGUUCCCUACAGCGAGACCACCGGAACCGUUGUAGAAACAUACCCUUUUGCGAGUUCUUUUAUCGCCAAAAUGACGCGGAAAAAUCAGUUUAAUAACGUUUGCAUCUGCGGCAUCAGGCCUCAUAGCCCACAGUAUUCUCUAUGGUAAUGGAAUACUUAGAUCGCAAAUACACAAUUGUCUAAUAUUCAGUCGUCUAUUGCCAAUGCUGCGUUCUGAUUGGUUGAGCUACCACUAGGCUAUAUGUUAUAGCCCCCUAGUAGCGAAAAGCGCGGGCUUUUUGGCGGCAAAAAAGGAUUAAAGUCUAGCUUUAACUAGCUAAAACUUUUUGAUUCUCGUUAUUUUUAACCAAAUAGUUGGAUUUUACUAAACAAUUAUUCCUCGAGCCCGAAUGGGCUCUGAGUCAAUAGCCCAUUAGGCCUUCGGCCUCAUGGGCUACUGACUCAGAGCCCAUUCGGGCUCGAGGAAUAAUUGUUAAAUAUUCAGUUUUACAAUUCUUUGUUGUUGCUUUGCUUUAUCAGGCCCGUGCAUUCCUUCAAGCUGCCGCUUCUCUUGCACCGCACAUGUACGAGCCGCACUAUAAUCAUGGGCUGCUGUCACACAAGGUACGCGUUGCUUUUGUAAAGUGAAACUAGUCAAAACACAACAUCCAAAAACGUUCCUUCCUCUUAGGCCUUAGUUCUUUACGGAUAUCUUGAACGGGACACAGGGAAGCAAGAAUGUUUUUCUUAAGAUCUCAGAUGAGCAUGUUGCUAAAAUUGGUUUCCUGUUGGGUGUCCCGUGGUACUGGGGAAAAAAUCGAGAAUGGCGGCCAUUGUUUUUAUCACGCAAAUGUACUUUGUCUUGCACGCCAGCUGCGCGAGGGAGCGUCUCCUCUCACGUGCCGCUCGCACGAGACUCCAGGUAGAGAGCUUGCUCGCACACUACAUACUUGCCUUCGUGAAACCUUUCACGUUGUUCGUUGUCUCAUAAUCAUGUGAUAUCGCAUAGGCUCGUGGUUGCUUGUGAACCAUGUGAUAUCACACGCGUUCCCUAUUGCCACAAAAUCAUGAUAUCACACACGAACUGAAAUCUUGACCCCACUUGACUUAACCCAUUCGGCCCUAGAGAUUUUGCCAAACAACGCGUUUUGAAGCUUUCACGACAAAGCCGUUUACAGGUCAUACUCUUCGUGGCCUUAUGAUCCAGAUGCAAAAUAUUAGCUUGCAAAGUUCGGGCAUGCGCAGAAAGCAAAAUUUCGAGCUAUGGGGUUUAAAAGUGACACAGCAGUCUUGACUUUUACUUUUCGCUUUCUCUCCUCCCUUAUUUUUUCGCUUUCCUUGCCUCAUUUUUUUUUUCUUUUUUUGGGCAUUUAGUAGGCUUCAUUUUGGUGGGAAACGUUUUUAGGAAAGCUUUUAGGAUCUUAGGUAUAGAUGAAAGGAAAGGUAGGUGGGUAGUAGAACAAGAUUUUCAUGGCAAUUUUCGGGUCAAUGUUACAUGGUUUUUUGCCUUUUUCUCCGGGGUCCUCGACUGAAUUGUGCUCAUUCUGGUAUGAUUUGAAAGAUCUCUUCACUGCACUCGUUAGCGGACAAAGUUGUCCUCGACCGUUAAAACUGAUGACGUCACAAGUGGUAGAAGGGACGUGGAUCCGCACGCGCGGUUACGGGCGGCUCAGGGGCGAAUGGGUUAAUGAAUCUGUAAUCACUACUGGGGGUGCGCUCGAUUGGGAAAUCUGGAUUUAGAUUGUGAAAUUCGGAAUUUCGGAUAACAACAAAGACGCGAACUCCCGUAAAAGCGGAUUAAACGUGAAACAUCUGUCCUUGACUUUCUAGUUUCUUUCCGUUUUAUUGGGAAAUCCGCAAACGGAUUUGAAAACCUUUUCUCAAGAAUACAGUGGUCUUGCACGCACACGCAUAAUUUGCAGAGAAACGACCACUGUUCACGAGAAUAGUUUUGCAAAUCCUUCUCGGAUUUCCCAAUAAAACGGUCAAGAAGGAAACCCAUGAAAUCCGGAUUUGGAUUUCUAAAUUGAAAUCCACCCUGAGUACGAAUUUCUGGAAGAUGAAAUCUGUUUUCCUGUUUUUUCGUUCAACUGCGAAACUUGUAAUCUGGGUUUCGAAAUCCAAACGCACCCUGGUAUGUAAACAAGCCGUUUUUAGUGUGGUCACGCAACGCCCCUGGGGAGGAGCGUUGCGUGACGACACUAAAAACGGCUGUUUAGCAGACUAACCCUGGUAAUGACCUCCUUAUUUUUGGUGUUUGUAGAUCGGCGACCUUCAGAGCAGCCACGGAUCGAUAAGUAAAUCUCUGGAGGGUUACCCAGAUCAUUCUGACAGCAAAGAUGUUCUCAAACAACUCAAGGAAGACUUUGCUGCUUUGUGAAGUCACCAGAAUUUGCGCUACAUGUACAGUGCUAUUCCUUAAAAAGCGACUCCUUCUGUUUUGUAAAUAAACUCACCGAAAUUCUCGUACUCUUUAGGGCUUUUCCUUUGUUUCAAAUUCAUUCUCAUACACUACCAUGUCCAAAAACAAAGAAAAGAAAAUAUAAACCAAGGACAAAAUUCCACUGCCAUUCUAACAAGGAGAUUGAGACACAAGCAGCAUCUGAAUAGGCUUUCUGGUUAGAGAUAGCUCAUGCCCUCUCUAUAGAGCGAUUUUUGUAUGACCUUGAAGUCCUUGAAAAAUGGUUUCCGCAGUAAGGGUUCAUUAUUUGUUUUAUCACGGGAUAGAUGAAAAGAUAAAAUCAUGGACUCGUUGUUUUUCCGCCAAAUAAAUCCCUGAGACAGAUAUAAGCAUUGUUCGAUUAUCUUAUCUAGUCGGCAGCUUCAAGUUAUGGAAAAUAACUUGCGCUUCUGUCUGCCCUAUAAACCAAUCAAAUUAUUAUAUCCUUGUUAGUUCACCGUUGUGAUUUCGUAAUCAUUUUAAGGUCAAUCUAAAAUCUUUAACUCUGUUGUAGUGGAAAAUUUACUCUUUUCUUUCCCCGGACAUUCUUUUUUCGCGGUUUUUCUUCGCUAGACAGCCUGUUUACAUGCAAUACUCUAAGGCGCAGUCUCUAUCGAACUUGGUCACCUUCACUCACGUGUGUGCACAACUUGUUUCUAGAGACCUGCAUUGUACAAAGUUCACGCCAUAUUGUACAUACUUUACC